AUUUUGAUGGUUUUAUAUUAUUUAAACAUACGCAAAUUCCAUACCUCCCACCAAAAAUUAAACCCCUCAUUGUAAAAGUGUCUCUAAAAGUGUUGGAGGUCUUGAUAUGAGCUGAUGUGACUAUGUGAGUGUUGAACGUGUUGAAGAAUAUAUCAGUCCAUGUUGGGACCAGCAAGACUGAGCAAGACUGACCAUCUUUUUUUCUGUCAGUUGGUCAAAGUUUGUUCAUCGUAUAAUUUCACCUCCACGUAUUAAAAAAAAUUUCACUACCAACAAGAUACUCCAAAACAUCAUCACUCAAAAAUUCAACAACUCAAUAUAUUAAAUAUACAACACAACAAUAAUUACAAUAAACAGAUUAAAAAUUUUUUUUAUAAUCAAAAUACAAAAGAUAAACAUUCAAAAAAAAUUUAUUAAUGAAAAUAAUCAUAAAAAUUAUAUUAAUAAAUAACCGGAAGUCACCCAGUGACCGUGAUUUUCACCUCGUGCAAGUUUCACUUCUAACCUAAUUCACCAACCAGGGGAAACCGUUGUUGCUUAAAAAAAAAAUAAUUAAAUAAAAAAUAAAAUAAACACACACAUUUUUAAUUCAUUGAAAAAAUUAAAUUUUUCCAAGUUCAUUAAUUCCAAGUGUUUGAUAAGAAAAAUAAACGUGUCUUACGUAAACUUGUUUUUUAAAAAAAGUGACCUUUGUGCUUAUUUUAAUCUAAUUUAUAAAAAAAAAAAAAAAAAGUUUAAAGACUAUUACGUAAAUUAAAUUAACAGCAACCAUUUAUACUCCGGAAUGUUAAUUAUUUCAUCAUUAAAAAUAAAUAUUAUUGAUAAAACCGAUAAGUAAACAAAUAAAUAAUUUAAAAAUUUAUAAAAAAAACAUAAUAGAAAUAAACAAUGUGGCCAGAUAACGUUGGAAUAAAAGCCAUUGAGGUUUAUUUUCCAGCUCAAUAUGUUGAUCAAAUUGAUCUGGAAAAAUAUGAUGGUGUAUCAGCUGGUAAAUAUACAAUUGGUCUUGGUCAAUCAAAGAUGGGAUUUUGCAAUGACAGAGAAGACAUAAACAGUUUAUGUUUAACAGUAACACAUCGUUUACUUGAUAGAUAUUCAAUAAAUCCAAAAGACAUUGGUCGUCUUGAUGUUGGUACUGAGACAAUAAUUGAUAAAAGUAAAUCAGUUAAAUCAGUAUUAAUGCAAAUAUUUGAACCAUACAAUGCAACAGAUAUUGAAGGUGUUGAUUCAACAAAUGCAUGUUAUGGUGGCACUGCAGCUUUGUUCAAUGCAAUAUCAUGGAUUGAAAGUAGUGCAUGGGAUGGUAGAUUAGCACUUGUUGUUGCUGCUGAUAAUGCUGUUUAUGAAAAAGGUAGUGCACGUCCAACUGGUGGUGCUGGUGCAAUUGCAAUGAUCAUUGGACCAAAUGCACCAUUAAUAUUUGAUCGUGGAUUACGUUCAUCAUUUAUGCGUCAUGCAUAUGAUUUUUAUAAACCAGAUUUACGAUCAGAAUAUCCAAUUGUUGAUGGUAAAUUAUCAAUACAAUGUUAUUUAAGUGCCUUAGAUAAUUGUUAUAAUAAAUAUAUUGAAAAAUAUCAAUUAAAAAAUCCACAAGAUAAAAAAAAAAUUAAUUUAAAAAUAUUUGAUGCAAUGUUAUUUCAUUCACCGUAUUGUAAACUUGUACAAAAAUCAUUUGCACGUCUUGCAUUUAUUGAUUUUUUAAAUUUAAAUAAAACAGAUAUUAUUAAUAAUUAUCCAGAAUAUGAAAAUUUAUAUAAAUUAAAACUUGAAGAUACAUAUUUUAAUCGUGAUGUUGAAAAAAUAUUUAUGUCAUUAAGUACAAAAACAUUUGAUGAUAAAACAAAACCAAGUUUAUUUAUUGCAAAUUUAGUUGGUAAUAUGUAUACACCAUCUGUUUAUUCUGGUUUAGUAUCAUUGUUAAUUAAUAAAAAUAUUAAUGAACUUGCUGGUAUGAAAAUUGGUAUAUUUUCAUAUGGUUCUGGUUUAGCAUCAAGUAUGUAUUCCAUGACAAUAACAAAUGAUUAUACAAGAGAUUCUGAUUUAUAUAAAUUAAUUGAUAAACUUGAUUAUGUUAAACAACAACUUGAUGCUAGAAAAUGUACAAGUCCAGAUGAGUAUACUGAUAUACUUGAUAUGAGAGAAAAAUAUUGUCAUGCUGUUCCAUUUGAGCCAAAGAGUGAUGUUCAACAAAUGUUUCCUGGAAGUUAUUAUCUUGUUAAAGUUGAUGAUUUACAUAGAAGAACUUAUCAACGAGUACCAUUUACUCAAUGAUUGUUAAUCAAUAUUAUUAAGGUUAAAUUAAUUUAAUUUGAUUUAUUAUUAUUAUUCAUGUUAAUCAAUUUUUUUUAUUUUUUUCUUUCUUUCGAAAUAAAUUGUUAGAAAUAUUUUUCACAGGUUUUUUUUCUACAGUUGAUUACUAGGUUUAUUUUUUUUUUUUUUGGGAACAAUUUUGGGAAUUUUAGAUUCAUGUAUGGAUGAAUGAAAUGAUUAAUAAAUAAUAAUUGUAAAUAAUAAUAAAAUUUAAAAUUAUUAACUUUUUAUAAUAAUAAAUAAAAUUUUUCAUCAAUUUUUUUAAA